GCCUAAGGAACCUCUCCCUUUGCAUAGACACCAAUCGACCUAUCUCCUCUAUUCCCGUGUUUUUACAUUCCCGCGCUACGAUUUACCUAGUUAGCGAACUGCCGACAUGGGCGUAGGCGACACUUCUAUCCCGUCCAGCGAGCGGCCUGAGCUCGGCUCAAUCAACCUACCCCUUGGCGAGUACCCAGCAACAUCUACGAGCGAGGCUGUUGAUGCAGACAAGGUCGCUUCUGAAAUAGUAUCUCGGUUCAACGAUGCGUUGUCAAGGAAAGAUCAUGCAGCAAUUGCAGGCCUGUUCCUGAAAGACAAGAGCUAUUGGCGAGAUCAUCUCGCAUUGUCAUGGGAACUGAGGACAACGAAGGGUGGCGACAAGAUCAAGACCUACUUGGACUCGAGUAAAGUGUCAUUGACGAAACUUGAGGUUGAUAAGAGCUCCGUGUAUCGUGCCCCGAAAUUUGGGCCUAUUGAUGCUUGGGGCGAUGUGAAAGGAAUCUCCUUCUUCAUCAAAUUCGAGACAGCUAUCGGCCGUGGUGAAGGUGUCGCGACCCUUGCCGAAGAAAAUGGAGAGUGGAAGCUGUUCACACUAUCCACAGUUUUGGAAGAGCUGAAGGGGUACGAAGAGCCAGUCAGACACCGCAGGACCAGGGGUGUCAAGCACGGGGGCGACCCCAAUAGACAGAAUUGGAAGGAGCGACGAGAAGCGGAGAAGGAGGAGGUCGAUCCAAAAGUCUUCAUCAUUGGAUCUGGGCAGGGUGGCCUAACAGUUGCUGCGCGUCUUAAGAUGCUCAACAUCCCUUCGCUCAUAAUCGACCAGAACGAGCGGGUUGGCGAUAACUGGCGCAAACGAUACCGACAGUUGGUUCUUCAUGACCCAGUCUGGUAUGAUCAUAUGCCCUACAUCCCCUUCCCAGCUCAUUGGCCCGUAUUUACACCAAAGGAUAAGCUCGCCGAGUUCUUCGAGGCGUACGUCAACUUAUUAGAGCUCAACGUGUGGACUUCAACGGAUCUCAAGUCUACUUCGUGGGACGAGAGCAAGAAACAAUGGACCGUGGUCGUCGAACGACGCAAGCCUGAUGGUACUGUAGAGACUCGCACUUUGCAUCCCAAGCACAUCGUCCAAGCGACUGGCCACUCUGGCAAGAAGAACUUCCCUACCAUCAAGGGUAUGGAAGGCUUCAAAGGCGAUAGACUAUGCCAUAGCUCGGAGCACCCUGGCGCUAACCCAGAGUCCAAAGGCAAGAAGGCAGUGGUUGUGGGUUGUUGCAACUCCGGACAUGAUAUUGCGCAGGACUUCUAUGAGAAAGGCUACGACAUCACAAUCGUGCAGCGCAGCACCACAACUGUCAUAUCUUCGGAAGCCAUCUGCGAGAUAGGUCUGAAAGGCCUGUACGACGAAGACGGACCGCCUGUCGAAGAUGCAGAUCUAUUCCUGUGGAGUCUACCAAGCGAGUUGUUCAAAACACAGCAGAUCAAACUUACGAAGCUCCAAGCCGAGCACGACAAGAAAACACUCGAUGGACUCCGUGCAGCUGGCUUCAAAACAGAUGAUGGGCCUAUGGGCUCGGGUCUAAUUAUGAAGUACUUCCAGCGUGGUGGUGGAUACUAUAUCGACGUUGGGGCCUCGCAGCUCAUCAUCGAUGGAAAGAUCAAAGUCAAGCAGGGCCAAGAGAUUGAUCAGAUCCUACCGAACGGUAUUCAGUUCGCAGAUGGUACGAAGUUGGAUGCGGAUGAGAUUGUCUUUGCGACAGGAUACCAGAACAUGCGUUCCCAGGCCAGACUCAUUUUCGGCGACGAGGUAGCGGACAGGGUGAGUGACGUGUGGGGUUUCAACGAAGAAGGCGAGUUUAGAACAAUGUGGCAGAAGAGCGGUCAACCUGGGCUGUGGUUUAUGGGCGGCAAUCUUGCCAUCUCGAGAUACUACAGCAGGAUUUUGGCGCUGCAGAUCAAGGCUAUCGAGGAAGGCCUCACUGGAGCGGGCAGUGACACGAAGGCGAAGGGUUAGAUUCAAUUAGUCAACGACGAUGUCCUAGUGGCGGAUAUCUCGGGAUAUGCGAUCUUCAGUGGUCGUUGAGACUCGGGGAGACGGCCGCGGAGGUUCUGCAGGUGUGGUCUGGAUAGCUAUCCGAAUAGGACCCCUCAGUCACCAACUUGGUCUUAGCGCGGGGGAGCUACCUAGGUACUUUCCACCAUCAAAAUUGAUAAUAACAUUCAAAUUUCUUUACU